AUGUCGUCGGAUGCAGCGCCAGCCGACGGCGACCUCGAUGACAAGGCGAUUGCGCGCAAGGUGCACAAGCGGCUCCUGGAGCGCCAGGAGCAGCAGCAUCAAGGCCGCCUCGAUGCGAUCCUGGAGCUGCGCGCCAACAGCGAGAAGGCGUACGCGGGCAUGUGCGGGCACAACGAGAAGCGCAACGCCGAGGCCGAUGCGCUCGCUGCGGCGCAGGCGCGCGAGUUCCAAGAGCUUCUCGCGUCGGGUAAGAACCCGUACGAGGUGUUUCGCGCGCGCGAGAUCGAGGCGCGGACCGCUGCCAAGCUCGCGCGCCAGCAGCGCAAGAUCCAGAGUGCUGAGAUGCACAUUGCCACCAACAUGGUGCGGGAGGCGGCGCGCAACCAGCGGCGCGGCGAAGUCGAGAAGCGCCACGUCGAGUACGUGCAAAAGUACCAAAAAGAGCUCGGGCGCAAAGUCGUCGAAGACCGGACGCGCAAGUACAUGCUCUCGCGCGUCGGCGCCGAGCUCGUCGACCCCACGGGCCGCACGUUUCGCAUCGACCCGUCUCAAGUCACCACGAUGAAGGACUACUCGUUUGGGACGGGCAAGAGUACCAACAAGACGCGCGAGCAGCGCGACAAGGUCAUUGAUGCGAUCGCGGCCAAGCCCGAGCACGCCGACGUCCACUUCAACCCGCGCUGGAUCCCGAAAAGCAAGCACAACGCUUCGUCGUCGUCGUCGUCGUCGCUCUCGAACACGCCAUCGACGGACGGUCUCCUCCUUCCACCCAUCUCGCAGCCGCCGGGCAAAGAGCUCGUGCAGCUCAACGGCCUCGACGACAGCUCUGCACUCCCGUCGCUCGCCGCCUCGACAGCAUCGUCCCAUCGUACGAACAGUAGUAGCACGAAGAAGGGAUUCGGCGUGCCGAAGCGCAGCAAGCUCGAAGAGGCCAUGCGCCAGCGCGCGCUCGCCAAGCAAAAGGACAACUUGAUCGAAAAGCAAAUCGUGUGGCGAAAAGAGUUUACCGGCCGCGCGUUCUUGGCCGAUCCGCCCGAGGUGAGCUUCUCGGACUUUGACGUCGGAACGCCGCAAUCGCGCUCGUUCACACUCACAAACGUCAGCAACACCUUCAACCACUUCAAGCUCCUGCCGUUGCCCGACGACGUGCGCGACUUCUUCGACAUCAAAUACGAAAAGCCGGGGCGCAUGUCGGCGGGCAUGACCUGCCGCGUGCACGUGACGUUCCUCCCGCGCCGCAACGCCGACCUCGAGACGCACAUCCCGGCGGUCGCGAAGACCGGGUACUUCUCCAUUCCGCUGCGCUGCGCCGCGAAACGGAGCGUGCCCGAGCUCAGCACGAGCCACAUCGAGUUUGCCAACGUCGUCGUUGGCGAGUGCGCCAAGCACGUCGUGACGCUGCGCAACGCCGGCGCACUCCCGACGGCCUUCCGCAUCUUGCCAGUCGACACGCCUGCCUGGCGCGACGCGGGUGAUCGUGAAGAGACGCGCGUCGAUGCGGUCGCCGAUCCGAGUGCGUCCGAAGCCGCGCUAAUGGCGUUCGCUACGUCCUUUGGCCAGGUGCAACCAAGUGUGUCUGUCGCACCGCCUCUCGUUGCCACCACUGACGGGCGAGUCGCGCCGUACGCGAGCUGCAGCAUCCACUUCGCCUUUUCGCCGCACGAGCCAAUGGCCGCGUUUACGCAAUCGUUCCAGGUGACGUUCGACGACGCGCCCGAAGUGCCCCCGCUCGACAUUAGCGUGCGAGCCCAGGCCGCGCAGGUCCCGCUGUACGUCGAGACGCCCAUGAUGGACUUCAAGUGCUGCGUGUACGAUAAAUUAUACCGUGGAAAGCUCCUGCUGCGCAACCGGGGCAAGGUGCCACUCAAGUGCCAGCUCAAAGUGCCCAAGUACCUCAAGGAAGUGCUCGAGUUCGUGCCCCACUUUGGCUACGUGCAAGGGUGUUCGCCUGGCGCCGAGCCUGGUCGAUUUGAGAUCCAAAUCAAAUUUCGGCCGACGCAGAGUCUCUGGAAAGCCGUGAGUGCGCACAAAUUUGGCCUCGAGACGCUCGGCGUGCUGGCGAUUCCGCUCCAAGUGCUCGUGCCCGACCAAGUGCUGCCCGUGUACUUUGUCUUGCGCGCGCAGCUGACGCUUGGCGACCUCGAAUUCUCGUCGCGGACCAUUUCGUUUGGCGUUUGCGCAACGACGCAGAGUGUCGCCCAGCGUGUGCGCAUUACCAACCGAUCGAUAUUGCCGCAGAAAUUCGCGUUCGUGCACUUGCCACCGGAGGUGCGCGUCGAGCCAAACGACGGCUUUGGCACGCUCUUGCCGUACGAAGCGAUCGACGCCGAUAUCGUGUUUAGCCCGAGUGCGGCGACCGAGUUUCAUACGUCCCUCACGUGCGUCUCGAGCAUGAACCGCACGUAUUCGCUGCCGUGUCAUGGCACCGGCACGGCCCCGGCACUGCGCUUCUCCGAGACCGUUGUGACGCUGGGCGCGAUCCCGAUCGGACAGUUUGUCGUGCACAGCCUCGUGUGCGCCAAUGCAUCAUCCAGUGAUCAACGCCUCGAGAUCGACUUGCCAGCGAGUGCGGCCAAGGUGCUGCGAAUACGACCGCUCGUCGCCACCGUGCCCGCCUACGGCUCGGUGCGCAUUGAGGUCGAGUUCCGACCAACAGCAUGGGACGACCUCGCGCCGGCCGAGAACGUUAUCGUGACGAAAUCCUGCAACGCACCACCUCUGGCCGAGGCGUCGGCCACUAUCAACGCCAAUGACGUUGCUCUCGAAGACGUGACACCGAGAGACGAGCUGGACGACGACAAUAAGAAUGACGUAGUGGCACCUCUUGCGCUGGCCCCGACCGAGCCGCGGAGCGUGCACGCAACGUACAACCUUGUGUGCUUUGGCGAUGACGCCAAGAACAAGGGCGACGGUCGCGUCACACUGCAGAGCCUUCGCCUCCACGUGUCGAUCGUCGAGCGGGAGCUUCUCGCCAAGCCAGAGACGCUCUCGUUUGGCCAAGUGGCGGUCGGGCAGUCGAGCGUGCUCAAACUCCAAGUGAUUAACGACGGCCCCGAAGAGUUGGAGCUGCACAUGCUCGCGCUGCAUUGCAUGGGUCCGUUCUCGAUCGUAAACGCGCUGCGCUGCGUCGCGGCCGGCGGUGGCAUGGCGACGCUCUUUGUUGAGUUCACACCGUCAGCGCCACUCAUUUUUCAAGAAGAUUUGAUGCUUACGACGGCAAGAGGGGACCUCCGCGUGCCGCUCCACGGCGAGGGCGUGAGCCCCGUCUUGCAAAUCACACCGCCCGAUGGUGACAUCCACUUCAAGCCCGUGCUGGCGCGCGAGAAGGGGUACACCGAGUUUGCCCUUCUCAACUCGAGCCAGUUUCCGCUCAAGUACAUCAUCAAGACGAUCGAGGUGCUGCACCCCAACUACAACCAAACGAGUGUCUUUUCGUGCACGCCCAACGAAGCCGUGAUCCCGCCGGGCGAAACGCAGGUCGUGCGCUGCGUGUUUAGCCCCGACCACGAGCGACCGAUCGAGUUUUCGACCAAGUUUCGCAUCGAUGUGCCCAACCAGACAGAAGACCACGUCAUUACGCUGCGCGGCCGCUGCUGGGAGUCCCAGACGUACCUGCUACCACCAACGAUAUGCGAAGAGACGGCGGUGCCCGAAGACAUUUUCGAGCUACCGCAGCAUGUUUUACUGCCGGCGUUCUGCGCCGACUUUGUGAAGAAGCCGCCGCGUGUCUUGCAGGUCGUGUUUGAUACCGAGCCGACGACCAAGAACGUCAUCAUUGGCAGCAUUGGCCCUCAGGACGAGAAGGACCACGGACACAGCGUCGGACCGGCCUUCUCGGACGGCAAGGCGAGUUCGGCGGCGACGUUCGAGGUUGCGUUCGACGGCGCGAGUGGCCUCGCCGAGAAGCACCGCAAGUACUUUGCCAUUGAGCCAAGCAAAGGAAGCGUGUUGCCUGGUCACGAAGCAACCAUCGCGGUGCACUUCAACCCGAAGGGCGAUGACCACGACAUUGGCAACCAGCUGCGCAUUAUGCACUGGAUCCGCGUCUCGGCCAAGGUGACGAUCAAAGGCGGCUUCAUGCCACUGGGCGCCACCGAGCACGUCGUCCACCUCCUCCUCAAGGCGCGCGUGCUCACGUGAGCGCAUCUUUGCACAGCAGCUGGUCGUCGUUUUGUGUGCAAGAUGGACGACAAGGAUGUAUGCUGUUGCGACGAGAUUAGUAUAAUAAAACGAAGACGACAUGUCUACAGGUGG